CGGUCGCGAAUUUGAUCUAUAGAAAUUUGAAAUCUCUAUGACGUUUACUACAGAAUAAGACACGUUUGUUUCUGCUUCUUUAUCAAUGUUUCAAAGCUAUUCCACAGUAUUUUGUAAUAACUUCAAGUUCAAAGUAUAAAAUCACAAUGCAGAAUCGAAAAAUUGAAUAAUUUGUUUGGCAAUGUACCUUUAAAAAACUAACAGAACAUUUUUAAUUAAUUCGUAUGUGCGCUACAGUUAAACUGAGUUAAACGGCGACAAAAAAUGUUAACUGCAGCAUCGAAGACUCUGAUUGGUCGUUCCUAUUUCGAUUCUCGUUUCCAAUAAUUAUACACAUGACAUAUCGAUAUUAGCUUUGUCAAAUAGUUGUCCGUAGUCGGAAUCUUCUAAGGCAAUUUAAGAGUGCCUUAUUUUCAUUAUCAAAUAAAAUCAUGUCCGGAGAAAUAAUGGACAGUUGCCUUUUUACAAGCGAGGAUGAAAAUACAGAACAGAGUGCGAAGAAUGUGGAAGAUAGGCUUUUCGAUGAGAUUAUUGGUCAUAUAGAGGAUAUUUUGUUAGAAGACGAAUUUCAUACUAUCCAAAAGAAAUUUUUGGAUCAGUAUUGGGACAUUUUUGAGCCAAUAGACGAGAAUAAAUUAAUUUACAUGGACAUCUUUAACGAAUACAACAAAACUGUGGAAGAUUACAUUGUUAAUUACUUACAAAAAGUAAUACCUCAUUUUAACAUAAACAUGUUCCUACAACUCUUAAGUAACAGACAGAACGAAUUGGAGGGUGAAGUUUUUGAAGUACUAUCAACAUUCACAGAUUUUAUGGCUUUCAAAGAAAUGUUUCUUGAUUAUAGAGCUGUGAAGGAAGGAAAAGUCCAAGACCUCAGCUCUGGAAUAUCCAUUACGUGUUUAAAAACAUAUUCCAAAGACAAUGAUUCCACAAGAUAAAUAUAUAAUAUUUAUCAUAGGAACAAACUAUCAAAUAUUUAUUAUAUUCGUUCCGUAACGUUGAGUUAUUAACUCUUAGAAAACAAUACAAUUUCUUGUUUACAAAUCUCUUAAUCGUUUAAGUUAAAAUACAAAAAAUAUAUACACUGCAUCGACAAUGCUCCAAGCAUGAAUAAAAUAAAACACUGAUUGGUUUUGUGCUUUGCGGGAUCAGUAUCUGCACAAAUCUACCCACUAUGUUAUUUGAAGUACUCUGUCCAAAAUAAAAUAACGAAAAACACA